GUGACCGCCCCAGAGGAAGCUCUUGGAUUUCCUUGUUUGUGGGGUGCUAUGGCACAACGGAGUCAUUUCUACUGAGGAAGCCUGCAGGACCAGCUUUGGAAGAUAAGUCGCAUACCUCUUGGAUGCAGAGUAUAAAAUAAUCCAGAGAUUCACCGCUGACUACAGACCCACAAGCACAGAGGCAACAUGAGAGCUGUCGCAGCCUUUCUGCUGGUGCUGUGUUACCUGGCCGUCACUCACGCCUGGCGCUGCAAUGAGGGUCCACGGCUGUACAAUGUCAGGCAGAUCGAUGCUGGACAGGGGAAAGUGAUUGCAAGAGACACAUAUGGCUAUGUGUACUUCUUGAUUGGAUCGUCCUGGCACAGAAUGAGCACAAUUAGAUUCAAUCACGCCUCAAUUGGACCUGCAGGGCUUUGGGCAACGGGUAGCAGUGGGGACAAGAUCUACAAAUACAUAGCUGGCAACUUUGUUAUUUCCAGUGGUCUGUUGCGGCAGUUGGAUGCUGGAGGUAAUGGUCAGGUUGUGGGAGUGAGCAGCUCCUCCGCUUCCUGGUGUCUGAGAAGUGACUUGGCCUCGAGCUACAAGGGAUCUGGCUCUGUGAGCUGGAGCAACCUGUCGAGGGUCUUGAAGUACAUCAGCUGCGGAAAGUACGGAUGCUGGGGAACCGACACAAGCCAUCGGAUCUACUUCUCACAGACCUUGUCACCAACCACCUGUGGCAACAGUCGCUGGUCACAGAUUUCUGGGUCUGCAGCCAUGGCUGAAGUGGGGACAGACGGAAGCGUCUUCGUGGUGAAUAAAUCAGGGCAGCUCUACCAGAGAUUGGGCAUCAGCAGUCGCAGCCCUCAGGGUACAACUUGGACACCAAUCUCAAUGUGCAUGCCACUCCGCCAUGUUUCCUACGAUCUGGGCAACCUCUGGGUUGUGACCACCUCUGGCUUGCUCAUGAAGUGCACACACUAAUGUGGAAUGCACGCUCACAGUCCUCAACCAACAGUCUCUGUUCGUCACGGAAGAUUAUUUGUUUUUCAGGGACAAGGAUCUCUUUUGCUAAUUGUCUCCUCUUUAACAUUCUGUCCUUUCUUUAGAUUAUCCAGUUAACAGUACACAAUGAAUGAAUGAUUUCUCUCUUAAUGUAAAAGCUGUGGUGUAGCUAUUCAUCUCUCUUCCUUUUAUCAGGCUACUGCUUAUUCUGACAACAAAUACUUUAAAUCACAGUACGCAAAUUACUUCAAUAAGGUGACGGGGUAAAUUUGAUGUCAUUUUUAAAAAACAAAUCUUUGAAAGGAAUGGCAGCAACACAUAAGUAGUGUAAGGGUAACCUAAUACAGUGAAGAGAAACCUCUUAGAAACUGGAUACUCAGGCAUGUGUCACCACUUGUUGGCAGACUUUCUUCUGUGUUAAUGAAUGAUAAUGGAAGCAAUUUCAUCUGAGUUUUGUCAUUAUUCAUGCAAGAUGUUAAUGCUGUUGUCGACCUGAGGAGUGAAAAAUAAAGAAAAAGUAAAG